UUGCCCGCUGUAUGAUUAAAUUUACACUCAGGCGUGCUGCAACAACCGGCUAGUCCACAGGACUCAACACAGCUCUGUCCCGUUCCCUCUCGUUCGCUGUAUACAAUCAAAUAUUGGAACAAACUUUUCGGACCGUCUCCCAGCAGCCUGGCCGCUUCGCAGUUGCAACUUGCGGUGAUGAAUGUUUGAUAGAGCAGUCCGGUGUGUUCGUGUACGUGCCGUCGGAAGAAAAAUCAUUCGUUCCGCCCAUCCCAACACGAGGCGCGAGCGCAAGCGAUAAGCGAUGCCACCGGCCAGCACGGGCACGGCCAAGAGCUUACCCAAACAAACCAUUACAUUACAUUAUUAAAUCGCUGCCCACCGUCGGUCGCGGACGUACCCGCGGGCCCCGAGCUUGCCAGACGAAGCAAACGGAUUGCCUGGCUGACACCGCACGUUGGCCCGUUGUGAUUCUGGCCACGCGCGCUCCCGUCCGCCAGCGAUAGUGCUGUGAUAGCGGUGCAGAUUGAGAACAGUGCAGAGGGCUGGGGACAGUGAGUAGCAGCGUCGUCUCAUCGCUAAGCAGUCCAGCUAACCGUAACGAAGAGAUAGAGAGCGGUACGGGAUCGGAUUGGCAAAAAACGGUGCAAAUCAACGCUCCAAAUUCAACGCUCCAUCCGUACCGCGUCACAGGAGAAAGCUAAGAUGUUCGGAACGUUAAGAGAGUGAAAGUGGUGUUCUUAAAUCAUUCAUUACGCGCAAACAAAGCCACGUAGAGUCAACGGCACGGUGGAACGCUGGUGCUACCGUGGAGCAUUCAGACAUCGAAAUCAUCGGUGCUGUGCUGCAUCAAAACCGUUGGAGCGUUUGUACCGUUGCCCCAUCCAGUUGGGGUGGGAAGAGAAGUUAUCCGUCUUAUCGAAGUGAUAAGCGGAACGUGUGAGGUGCAAAAUCCUAUCGGGUGAUAAGUGAUACGCAAAACCCCGUUCGUGGUUUGUGAUAAGAAUCGAAACCCCCGUAAGCUCUGAUCGGUUGUUUGUGCGAUCGAUUCGUCUUAACCAUUUCCGGCUUGCGUUCGUAAAUUGCAAUUUGUUUAUCUAGUGUGCCGUGACGUGGAGUUUUGACAGGUUGACGCAAGUGUAUACUGAAGCGUUUCUGGAAGUUUACAAGGAAGUGUUUUUGUUGGUAUUGGUGGUUUUGUUACAGAAUUUGCUGUUAUUCAUCAAGAAUUGCAUUGGAAGGGAAAAAAUACUGAUUUAUGCGACCACUCCCUGGACCCUGCCGUCCGUUUGCUGCAGGUGGAAGCAGAAGUUGAAACAUCCAGCUAGCAGGGACGACGCGCGAGUGCUUCUGUGAGGGGGUCGAACGGGCUGGUCCCGUCCAAUCGGCCCGGCGCUGUGCUGUGUGCUGCUAAUCGAUCGAUAAUGACAAAAUAACAGCCGACCGAACGAAGUGCACGAAGACCACCGGAACACAGGCUAAGGUCAAGGGCUGCGUACGUCGAGAUUACGCCAGCGAACGUAACUGGAACACUGACAAAACAACGGACCCGUCUCUCGCUGUGUGUUACCGUCAGUAUUCGCCGAGAAGGGGCGACCAUCGGGCGACACUGUGACACUCGCUGUGUGCGUGUGUUUGUGGUGCAGCAUACCUUUACCGGCCUCCAAAAGAGUGAUAAUGUGCUCCCGCCGAAGCAGUCGAGCGUCCUGCGGGACAUCUUCGACCCCUUGGGUCCUGGGCGUUAUUACCCUCACACUGCUGACGACCGCCCCCACCCGAAGCCUUUGCAGUGUAGCGCCACAUCCGGCCACUAGCACCGCUAGCAGCGUUACCAGUUCCAGUGUCGCAUCGAGCAGCUCCACCGUCACCGUUCCGGACGCCUCGACCGCACGGCCGACGGUUAGCGCACGCCAGGAUGCGGGCCCGACCGAGCAGCCAACCCUGCCACCCGAGGGUCAGAUACCGCUGGAACGAUUGCCCUCCAACACGCUGCUCAAGUACACCGCCUACAAGGACGUCUCGAUACUGCACUUUCGCAUACCGACCGACACCCGGACGGCCUUCUUUAGCUUUAAGGCGUACGAGGAAUCCAAAGGUGCCUUCCAGCGCAACUGCAAACCGAACGAUAUUACGCUGCACCUGAAAGCGGGAAGCUAUCCGGUCAUCAGUCCGGAAAAUAUCACAUUUCCCAAACACUUUCUGGACGCCGAGGAGCGGUUCGAAAUCCACAGCCUACAGUUCAAGUCGGACAGCACGACGAGGCGGCUAAGCAUUGAGGGACCCCAUCCGGGCAACUGGUUCGCGGUGGCAUUCAUCAGCUGGACCGACCCGAACAACGAGCGGAUAGAGCAACAAGGUCUGGCGGCAUCCUGCGAAACACUGCUCAUGUCCGAGAUGGCGGUCGUGAGCGCCCGGCCCCAGCUGCUGAACGUGGACGUCCGGUACGAGGGUACGCUGGCCGCCGACCAGCCGGAACCGAGGUCGUUCAAGUUCUUCGUGCCGCACAACGUGUCGAUCGUCACCUGGCGGCUGUCCAUCGCGCAGCCCUGCUUCAACUGUACGGACGUGAGCUUCCACGUGCAGGCGAGCGCCCUGCCCACGGCGCGCAACUAUCUGCAGAACGCGCUCAUCUGUCCGAACCAGACGGGGGACGUUAGCAUCGAUUUCUAUCCGCACGAGGGCGCCUGGCACUACGUGGAUAUGGACUUUACGCGGGAAACGUUGCCCACCGCCAUCGGUGCGAUUGUGGCCCCUGGCUACCGGACGCCGAACGAGACGACCGAGCCGGAGGAAAGGAAGCAGCAACCGGCGGCACCCACCACCGCGGGUGCACCCGAGGCACAAAUGGUCGCGUACACGGUCGAGCUUAUCUAUCACGAGACGUACGAUGCAGGGGUAGGACCGACUGCUGCUGCUGCUACUACAACGACUCCGUCCACCGAGCAGGAUCCAACGCCUGCCGAGAGUGGCGACGCAGCGGAGGACAGUGCGGAGGGUCCCGCGGCCGACACCAAAUCGCUGCCGAACCGAAGCUUCGACCGCUACCCGGUGCUGCGCCAAACGUACCGCGAGUUCUUCAUGUUCGACUACGACCUGCUGCCGGACGUGAACGGGACGGUGCCGGUGACGCUUAACCUGACCGCCGGCGUGCCGGCCCUGAUGAAGUUCGACGUGAACGAUGUGUACGACAUUGGCGGGACGCUUAGCUUUGCCGUUGCGAUGCGGCAGGAUCUGAAGGGCAGCCUGAUCGACGCGCGCCACGAAUCGACCAACGAGCACGCGAGCGUGGUGGCGGAGAAGCUGAUCGACGUGCAGGAAGAGUUUGUGCCGGAGGUGGAUCUGAUGACGACAACGACGACGACGACCACCACCACCACCACCACAACGUCCAGUACUACCACGAGCACCACGCCAUCGAGCGCUGGUGAGGCGGGCAAGGGCAAGACAGCGCCAGCCGGCAAAGCAAAUCAAACAGUGAUCGUGUGCCUGCGGCUGGAGGAACCGGGCAUACCGACCUGGCCCGAUAAGUGUGUGUACGGCCGGCACAUCUACCCGGCCGCCAUCGUCAUCAACAACACGGACGCGGACACCAACACGGGCCUGGUGCACGUGCCGUUUCCCGAGCCGGGCAGCUGGUACGUCACGCUCGGCCUGUUCUGCCACGGCACGGAGGCGACCGCCCGCUCCACCAUCAUCGACAGCGUGAAAGACUUCGUGCGCUCGUACCGGGCGACACUGGCGGCGAUGCGCGCCCCGUGCUCGUGCGCCGAUCGGCUCAGCUACUAUCGCGGCUGUCUCGCGGACGACGGCUGCCUGCAGGCGCUCAACGAAACGGAAACGCUCAAGAUCAAGGAGUGCAUCAUGGACGCCAAGUGUACCGGCGGCCGGUCGGACGAGAUGGCGCGCAAGUUCGAGCAGCACCACAAGUACGCAACGGAGCAGAGCGUGCAGGGCGGCGUCGCGGACAGCACCUGCAACUCGAGCGUCGUCUUCACCAUCUCGUCCAGCCCGUGCGUGGCGGGGCGCUGUGGGCGGUUCGGCCGCUGCUACCACUACAUGUCGGGCGGGUUCGUGUUCUCCACCUGCCUCUGUCUGCGCAACUACCGCGGCUGGGACUGUACGGAGGAUUCGCAGGUACCGUCGAGCGCCUCGAUCCUGCUCGCCUCGCUCAUGCUGACGCUGUCCAAUCUGCUGUUUCUGCCGAGCAUCUUUUACGCGGUCAAGCGCGGCUACCACAGCGAAGCGAUCAUCUACUUCUUCGCGAUGUUCUUCUCCGCGUUCUAUCACGCGUGCGAUUCGGGCGAGGAAGAGUUCAGCUUCUGUCUGGUGAAGAUCGGCGUGCUGCAGUUUUGCGACUUCUACUGCGGGCUGCUCGCGAUCUGGGUGACGCUGAUCGCGAUGUCCAACAUCCGGCACCAGCUGGUGUCGCUGCUGCACAUGCUCGGCGCGAUCCUGCUCGCGUUCGGCACCGAGCUGAACAAGCAGUCGCUGUGGGUGUUUCUGGCGCCCGCCCUCACCGGCAUCUGUCUCAUCUCGGCCAGCUGGGGGCUGCGGUGCCGCAAGACGAAGCGCUGCUUCCCGGCCCGCAGCUACCUGGCCCUCUACCUGCCGAUCGGCAGCGUGCUGGUGAUGGUGGGCCUGGUCUGCUUCGCCUUUCUGCAGACCAAGCAGAACUACCACAUCGUCCACUCGAUCUGGCACAUGGUGAUGGCGCUCAGCAUUCUCUGCCUGCUGCCGGACCGCAAAACGUUCCACCCGAAGUGCUAGCAUACGGUGCGCAUCUACCUGCUCAACUCGGGCUCACCCUCCACCUCCACCCAGUCGUCGUCCGGCUCGAUGUCGACGUCCUCGACGACGUCCUCCUGCUCGACCGUGGCGGCGGUGGCGGCGGUGGCCGCCAACACCACCAUCACCACCAGCUCCGUCGCCGCCACCGCCACCGCCACCUCCACCACGGCUGUGAUAUCCCAGGCGUCCCCGGCGGUAGCGCCCUGCACGGUGGCCACGAUCACGGACGGGCAGGGGACGAUCGUACACCGCGAACGGGACGGCACCGGGACACGAAGGACCAGUGGAAGCACUAGCGCCUAACUUUGCGCCAUAAAUGACCCGCUCGCUCAACCUUCCCGCACCUUUCCCCCACGGUCACACGCCCUGCACACGCCAGUAGUAGUAGUAGUAGGUAGAGAGUAACACCGAGCACCACCACAACCCGAUCGAUGUUGAUGUCCUGCACCCCUCCUUCUCAAAUUGUGGCCGCAGAUACUAGUUAGAUGGAUUAGCUCAAUGGACAGCGUGGGGGGGGGGAAGGGAACGGAACGACUCAGGACUUCCUGGUCCAGAACGCCCCUCCUUCCCGGUGUCUUCUCGAUAUGAUGUGUGUGUGUGUGAUUUGUUAUCUCGUGUCUCUGUCUGCAUAGGUCUAUGGAUGUACGUGUAGGUGUAUGUGUGUAUGUAUGUGUGUGUGCUUGAAAGAUUAAAGGGCGUUUUCCGGCAUAGGGCGCUGCAGUGGAUGUGUUUUAGAGCUCGUGUCGUCCACAUUCCGGCAUAUGGUGGGCGCGAUGGUUGCGGCACUUUCGUCCCAUUUCCUCAAUCGAAUGCUGUAGAACGGAAGGGAGAAACGAUUGGUAAAGAUCGAUUAGGAGAAAGAGGAGGACAUCGUGACAAAAAUAGGAGGAAAUGUUGUAAUACUCACACAGCACACACACACAAGAAACGCCAUAUAGAUAUAUAUUUGAGGGUGCCAGAUUUACACCGUUCGAUCGACCAUUGUUUGAUAAAUUCAUACGUGCCUUGCUGUUGUAGUGGAAGCGGAACCCGAGCAAAAAGAGAACAA